ACGGGCCAGUGCACCGCGCGCGCUCCACGCGAGCGGCUGUCUCACGGGGGACCCUCGUCGCUCGUCGCCGCAAACUAGCGAAACGACCGCUCGCGACCUCUCCAUGCCUGUUGGUGAUAUGGGGCGUGAUUGAGGAGUGAAGUGAUUUUUGAUUCCAAACAUGGCAGCGGCUAUGAUAUCGGACAGAGGACUGCGUAAGAAGCUGACCCAAGAGGCGAUUCCUGAAAAAACGCCGCGCAAGCCGUCGAAGCGCAAAUCCGCCGCGGGCAGUUCCAAAAGUGACAAGAAGAACGAGCAGAAUAAUAAUAAGAGAGCGAAGGUUCAGACGGGCGAUCCUAAAUUGGAUUUGUUCUCGACGUACCAGCCGUGGGUGAUUCAGACUUACGGGGAUUUGGCGAAAACUAAAACGAUCACGUUGAAGAAGUACGCGCGAAUUCUGCGCACGCUUCGGGGGGAGGAAUGCAACAGUUCGGACAGUUCCAAGUUUAGGUUUUGGGUGAAGGCGAAGGGUUUUCACGCGGGGAAGCCUCCGGGGUACGAUGCGAAGCCUGCCGAUGGUAUUGUAUGCCGCUACAGCGUGUUGGAUGCUGAUUAUGCAAAUCAGGACGUCUACACCGGCUCGCAGAAUGAUCCGCCGCUGUAUAUCCCGACUCCACCGUUAAAGAAUGCACCAAAUCAAGAUCCAGUUUAUCGAAAAGUGGCGAUUGUUGAAAAUUUCUUCGACAUCAUCUACACAGUCCACGUAGAACUGGAAGGUCGACCGGGAAAACAUGCGGGCCAAAAACGGACAUAUAGAACUAUCACCGAGACGUACGCGUUCCUUCCCCGCGAGGCUGUCACGCGUUUCCUGACCGGAUGCGCCGAGUGCGCGCGGCGCCCGCGCAGCGCCUCACCUCCCCCCCUCCCCACUCCGUCCCCCUCGCCCACCAGACACCCCACCUACCUCCCCUUCUUACCCCAAUGCUCCGACUACUCCCGAAACUGGGAAUCGGAGAUAGACGCCGCGCAAAAUUUCCCUUACGAAUACGAAAUACCCAAGAAAAUUGACAGCCCGAAAGCUGACACUGAAGAAGCUGAACCUACGUAUAUCGAACUCACCUCUAAAAAGAAUUUCGAAGCAAAUAAUCUAUACAAUUCGCCGGUAGAACCGGCGUUUAGAGAAGUAGAACCAGUCAGAACUGAUCCUGAAAUUGACAAGGAUGACAGUUUGAUAGAUGUAGAAGACGUCAGAUGUGAUAGUCCGCCGCCUUUGCAGAUAGUUGAGGAUAGUAGUAGAAGUAAGGAAGAGAAAAGUACCAGGGCGGCAUUGAUGGGAGGAGCUAAAGAGAACAAGACUGAGGUUAAGAAAGAGAAAAAGUAUAAUCCUUUGGACGUGGCGAAUCUGACAUCGAAGGAUCCUCCUAAGGCUAGAUCGCCUCCUAGGAAAAAGCUUCUAAUGUCUAGUAUAGAGCACCCUAGUACGUUUGGGAGGGUGCCUAAGCCCUGGAGGCCUGAUGGGGGGGUGUACUAUGGCGGGGAGGAGAUGGACUUCAGCGUGCCUAUCACCACAGCAUACCUGAAGCACAUGAGGAGUAUGGGCAUGGCGUUUCAGGAGAGAUUGGACGCGGAAAAUAAGGACACCCUCACCCCCGAACCAGCUGAUAUGAACGACGACGACAACUUCUCCAGUCAGGGCUUCAAAGACGCGGAGAAGUUGAAAAUGAUGUUGCUUGCAUGGAAUUACCACAGCCAAAGUCAAGGCCGCAACGGAGAGAUGGCGGAGAGCGGAGCGGACAGCAUGGCGGAUCUGUGGGCGUCCUACCACAGCGCUUUGGGGCUUGGCUCCAAGCCCCCUAAGGCCCCGACCCCAUUGGCCCAAGGCCACUCGAGCCCGAUCCACGUGGGCUCCGCUACGCCGGUGGAGCCAGCCUCCACGCACGACGAGACCUCAUCCUCCGACCGCACCAAGGACGACGACGAUGCUGGUGCCUCUGACGAUGAUAGCGAUGAUCGGGUGGAUCCGCAGCAUCAUGACCCGGAGAGGCUGAAGGCUUUUAACAUGUUCGUCCGCCUCUUCGUUGACGAGAACCUAGAUAGGAUAGUGCCAAUAUCCAAACAACCCAAAGAGAAGAUCCAGGCCAUCAUCGAUUCCUGCACCCGACAAUUCCCGGAGUUUGCCGAGCGCGCCCGAAAGCGUAUUCGGACGUACCUGAAGAGUUGCAGACGGAACAAGAAGGUGCGCGGCGACGGACCGGCGACGGGCAACGGCAGCAGCACGCCGUCCGGCAACGCUUGGGACUCAGCGGUGCGGCCGACUCCGGCGCAUCUCACGUCGGUGCAAGCGGAACACAUACUGGCGCAGGCGUGCGAGAACGAGAGCCUGAAUGCGAAGCGCAUGCGGCUAGGAUUGGACCCUGUGAGCCAGCCGAUGCCUACCGUGCCGACGCCGAUGGCCAUCGACACCACCGCGACUUCAGCCGUGGCCUCCUCCUUCCUCAGCCUGUACAGCGGAGCCAUCAGCAGCCCGGCCUCUACGCCCACUACCAGCACAGCCUCGCUGCCCACUGCUGGGCACAGCAAGGCCGCUGCGGACACCACGCGGCCGUCAGCCAGUCCCACUAUGGAGAACGCUCUCUUGAACAAUAACAGCCUGAAGCUGGAUAACGCUAACGGCAAUGCUGGGAGUAAAACUGCCAGCCCGGCUUCGUCUCCAGCGCCGCUGUUCAGACCCUCGUUCCCAAAUACUUUCGGCACUCCGCAGACUUUUGGAAGGCAGCCGACCAGUUCAAAUCCGGCAACAGCGCUCUCAAGCAGCGCUCUGCUGUCAACACUGACUUCUCUGCCUCCUACAGGCGUCGGAGUGAACGCAGCAAUGGCGGCUUACCAAAGUGCGUUAUUGUCGGCUAUGGCAGCGCACACCCAUACAUUCCCUACUAGCCUCGCUGCUCCAACAGAUCUGUCACUGAAGAACACGCCUACCCCGACGUCGCUCCACGCCACGUCCACCGUCUCUUCUCUCGCGGCCAACACCGCUUCUUCCACUUCAAAGACCCCUCUCCUCUCACACAAGCUGUCAGGGGCCGAAGUGGGAGCCGUCAGGCAGCUCAUCACCGGCUACCGUGAGUCCGCUGCCUUCCUUCUCCGCUCAGCCGACGAACUCGAAGCUCUCCUCUUGAACCAACCCUAGGGUUCAACCAAACCCUCAUUCGCUGACACGCUCGGGUUCAAAUUCGGUUACUUUUAACCUGAAUACCUCAUUUUAACGAGUGUGCCGCCGAAUGGCCGGAAAAGUGCCCCAAAAUUGUUUCACGUUGGACUUGUCAAAUUUGUACGUGUUUACGAACAUUUUUGUAUAUUUGGACGAUAUUGUUAUCGAGGACAAAUUCAAAAUUGUGGUUUGAUAAAUGCUUUGUUCGAUUCCGGUGUUACGACAAUUUUUAUGCUAUUUUUAUUUGAAUUCGUUAUUUAAGUGACUGUUUGAGGAUGCCAAUCGCGUAACGUUGUUUUUUAGAAGUACAAAUAAUCCAGAUUCAAUACAAUAGUCAGUUUUCUCAAUAGUUCAUUAAUUCACAUACAAUACAGGCUUUGUGUAACCAUAUGCUAUGCAGUAGAAUACAGUUCACAGUAAUAUUACAUCGCUUUGUUUUCCAGACAAUGUUCGGUUGUCAUCACUGUCCUAGUGCGUCUAGUUGUAUGGUGCUUGUUUCCUCACAGUACAGUGUUGCCAACUUUUUCUACCGUUUUAAUCUUGUCCAGUUAUAGUUAGUAGUCACGAGUGCCCGCUCGUAUGUCCAUAAGUCUAUUUCGGCGAUUCGUACAAAGCUGCCAUAAUUAUUGUAAAGAAAAUUAAUACGUGUUGCCAUUCGACACUGGUUGGAAGAGUACAAAAUUAUUUUUGUGUAUAUUUAGAUGUAAGAAAGAAAUCAGGGAGAUUCUAGUGUUAGGUUUAAAUUCGAAUUCUUGCCUGGUGUGAUUUGUUUAGUCUGGUGCGAGUCACUAGGCGUGCUUGGUCCUGGCGGCUACAUAGGUAUACCUAUCUUCGCGUUUUAAACAUUUUGGAGUAAGAAAUACACUAUUUCACUUACACGUUAAAGUAUGAAUCUAAUAUUAGGUUCUAAAGUGGCAUUUUAGAUAUAAGAAGCACGAAUUUAUUUGUUGUUUUGUACUAUAAGAAUAGUGCAGUAGUUGUACUUAUACAUGAUUAAUAUAUUUCUAAUUUAUCACUUUAUUUAAAAUUCUUCGAUUGAUUAGCAUUUUUGUGGUCGGCCCAUACAAAUUUCUAACUUUCUCCGUCGUUGUCUUAGUUUCUUCGUAUGCAUUUCGUAUUUGAAGUAACUUUCGCUUUGCUCAGUACAAUGAACAUUUAUGUUCUUAUAUCUAUUUGUUACCAUAGAUUUUAUGGCCAAGUACUAUAGUUAGGUAUAAUUAGUGUUACUGCUUUUAUGAUGUACAAAUAAGGUUCAAUUCAUUGUAAUAUAAAUGAAUCCGUUUUCAAGUUUCUAUAUGUGGCCUAUGUUAUUUUGUGCAAAAUUUUCGAUACUUAUACCUCGUUAUCACAUAUUUUGUUCAAUUUGUUAACAAGUUAACUUAGGAUAGUUUGUUUACAAUCUCGGCCAGUGUUAGUCGAUGUUUCCGAUUUAAGCAACUACUAUAGGUUUUGAUAUAUUAAUAAGUUUUGAAACAGUAUACUUAAAUAGAAUAAUUAAAUGUCAUAAACGCUUAUUAAGUUGCUACUGAUUUUAUUGCUUCGAUAUUUGACACCAAUGUGGAUAGGCCCAAAUGCGUGUAUUGAGCCAAUCACAUCUCAGGUAAAUUUGAAAUGGACCAAUCACGUGCUGGUAUUUUUGCGUGGCCCAUCCACAAUGGUGCAAGAUGUUCGGAGACCGCAAGUAAUGUAUGAUAGUUUUCCAGUUUGCCAGUUUUCUCAAUAGUAUAAACGCUUCUCGCCAGUUUUAACAUAGAAAAUUGUAAAUUCACUUUUGAAUAUUAAAAUUGCCAAAGAAACGAAUUGAUUUGUGUACGUUAUGUGGAAUUGCUGAUUACUUUUAUGUAUUUGUAUGAUUAUGUUAGGGUUAAUUUAGCUUAGUUUUAUCUAAAAGUCAUUCCAAUAUUUUUCUAAAGAGAACAUCAUCGGUGCGAUAGGAAAUGCUGUAGUCAUUGUAAAUGAAAAAUAUGUAAAAAGUAUGUUUAGAGUAUUAUAAAAAAAGUUGAUUAGAAAUAUGAGAAAGUUGAUGUUGGGAUAACGAAAAAAAAAACGAAAAUGGUGGUAAACGUUGAGAAAAUGAAUUUGUUAGACAUUAAAAUAUAUUAUUAUUAGAGAUGUAUAAAUGGUUUACAAUUAU